AUGAAGGCUCGCCAUCUAUUUCUCCCUGCCGUCCUUGUAGGACUGGCCGUUUCGGCUACUAUCCCUACUAAACAGCGUGGGUUCUUUGGCGAUCUCUUGCAGGGCGUAGAAAACAUCGGUAACGAGAUUGGAGACGCGUUUGAUCAGCUCUCGGACACCGUCGAGGACAGCGUCCACAUAGUUACAGAUGCGGCUGGAAACAUCAUCUCAGAAUACGAAGACAUUUCCGGUGCCGUAGUUUAUGGAUGCACGGUAGUCUCCUGUCUCGAUGUCCUGGGCACCGCUGGAAUUGACUGUGCUAUUGCCGUGUUGAAGAAGGUCGACUUGAUCGCUGACUUUGUCUACAUCAAAUCUAUAAGUUAA